CCGGGGCCGGGCGGAACCCGCCGCCCCCCGCCCCGAGCUCCAGACGUCCCGGCGGCGGCGAGCGGGAAGCUGGGAGCGAGGAGCCGGAUCCCGCUGCCUCCUGCAGCUCCAUGGCCCCGGCCGCGGCGGCGGAGCCCAGCGCCCGCCGCCCCCGGGGCACUGGCACCGGCUCCGGUCCUGGUCCCGGUCCUGGUCCCGGCGGGAGGAGCACCACUCGGCGGCCCCCGGACGAGCAGCCGAGACAGAGACGAUGACAGCUGAGAGCACCAAAGCCAAUGGGCCCACACAGGAGCCAGAGGCAGGGGGCACCAAGCCGCCGGUGCCCCCUGCCCCACCGCGGCGCCGGAGACGUCGGCUGCGGCACAAGUCCCCGCCGGAGGUCCAGGUGAAGGGGCAGCUCCGCAUGCGCUCACCCUCAGGAGCCUUCGUCAUGGUGGGCAUCUCUGUGGUGCUGGUGGGCAUGACCAUCGCUGUGGUGGGCUACUGGCCCCACCGGGGACCUGGGGUUAGCGGAGCCAGCGCAGGGAAUGGCAGCACUGGAGGGGACAUGAGGAGGGAGGUGGCCACAGCAAGAAGCCACCUGCCCCACAGCGAGAAGCUGAAGCUGAUCGGCCCUGUCAUCAUGGGCAUCGGGCUCUUCAUCUUCAUCUGCGCCAACACCAUGCUCUACGAGAACAGGGACAUGGAGACCCGCCGGCUGAUGCAGAAGGGGCUCUACUCCAUGGCAGGGAGUCUCCCCGAGGGGACCGUCCCCGAGGACGGGCACUGCCGGCGUGAGGAUGGUCAGCCUGUCCCCAAGGCCAAUGCCGAGUGCGUGGAGGGCUGCUACCAGGUGGAUCUCUCCUGCCCGCCCUGCCACAGCCCUAGCAGCAAGUGGUCUGACUGCUAUGGCCCCAACAGGCUGCAGGCCACAGCUGAGCUCCUCCAGCACCCAGCAGCGUCCCCUGCUGCCUCCCUCCUCAGCCUCCGCUCCGGUGCCUCCACCGAGGCCAACCUUGGCCUCCCCUGCCGUGCUGGAGCUGAGUCCCUCCUCUCCUCGGCCGUCGGCGCCUUGGCCUUGCCUGUCAUCAAGCUCAACAACUGCUUGCUGGACGCGGCAGUCCGAGAGGCUGCCUUGGCAGCAGCAGAGGAGGAUCCUACCAAGCCCCUCCCUGAAGUUCCGCAGCUCUUCCAGGCUCCGCUCUCCAACAGCAGCGGCAGCAGCAGCAUGGUGCCUCGUGGCCGGGACUGUGGUGGUGGCCACAUAGUCAUCAACAUGGAUGGCAGCUGCCCCAGCACGGAGCUGGCGAUGCCAGAGCUCAGCCUCGGGGCACAGCUGCACACCCCAGGACACUCCAAGUCCCUGGACCUUGGCCGCCCGGGGGUGCUGCUGGUGGCCCCCAUCAAGGACCGUAAGAACCGGAGCUGGCCCCGCCUGGACCAGGCCAGCCUGGUGGGUUACGCCAAGCUGGAAAGUACUGGCGAGUCCUCGGACCAGCUGCUGCAGCCCUGCGAGCCCCCGAGCCGGGGCGAGCCCCGACCCAGCUCCUGGGCAGUGGGGACGGAGCGGGGCUCAUGCGUCUGAUGUCCCAGUGCCCCUGGGGACAUCACACCCCCUCCUCCUGCCCCCAGCACCCACCCCAAAACCACACACCCAGGAGGGGUUCGGGGAUGACGUUUUCAAGUGGAUGCCAAGAAGGAGGUCCUGGCCCACUGCUCCAGGAGAAGGACUCACCUAGGGUGGGAUGUCCUCCUCUGGCUGCCUCUCAAUGGCUUCCUGGUAGAUGCCCUUGACCUUACAAGACCUUCUCUUGGUGUCUUCUCUAGAGACACCCAACACAAACUGUGGGAUGGGGACAUGGGGGUGGAUGAAGCCUCACCAGCCCCUGCAGCACUUUAUUUCAGCAGGGUUGGGGUGGGGGGGAUGUUUUUGGAGGGUGGUGUCCACUUGCCCAGCCUCAGCCCACCAGGACAUUUGCUUGACCAGAGCACGUCAGCCCAAGGGGCCAUUAAAUAUUAUCUCCAUGCCACAA